AAGGACAUUUUUGGGCCAAAAAUUCUCGACAGAUUUACACAAGUGUGAUCUCUCUCUUUGUUCAUUUUAGUUUUUGAAGAGAAAGUGCAUUCAGAUCCGGGCAUGUGUCGGUUCCAGGUGUCGGAGUCCCUUGUCCACGGAACGCCACCCGUCCUUUGAUUGAUGCAAAGGAACACGACGAUUAGUUGGCAGUACAAUUGAUGAAGAAGAGGUGAGGGCAACCAUGUCAGCUUCUCAAGCGCUAGGGGGGACAUCCCGCUGUGGCUGGGUACUGGGUCCGUCAUUUGAUAAGAUCAUCAAGAACGUCGCCUGGAGGAAACACUCGCAGCUCGUCGCCGCUUGCAAGUCUGCUCUCGACAAGCUUGAUUCUGUCGUUGACGACCCUGUCGAUCCGGCUUCCUGCACCCCUCUCUAUGGCCUCUCUCCUUCCGAUGCCGAUUUCGUCUUGCAACCUCUCAUCAUGGCUCUCGACUCUGCCUCUCCCAAAGUUGUUGAACCUGCACUCGAUUGCUCCUUCAGGCUGUUCUCCUUGGGCUUGAUCCGCUGCGAGAUCGACACCCCCGUCCCUACACCUACCCCUAGUCCCCGCUCCCACAUUUUCCACCUUAUAGAUUCCGUCUCUAAGUGUGGGGCUCUUGGGGAUGAAGCAAUCGAGCUUGCUCUUCUCAGGGUCUUGCUCUCUGCUGUUCGAUCUCCCUACGUGCUUGUCAGAGGUGAUUGCCUUGUCCACAUUGUUAGGUCCUGUUACAAUGUCUAUCUCGGGGGCUUGAAUGGCACCAAUCAGAUCUGCGCCAAGUCCGUUCUUGCUCAGAUGAUGAUUAUUGUUUUCACCAGAGUGGAGGAGAAUUCCGUGAUGGUGGACUUCAAGACCGUCUCUGUAGCUGAACUCUUGGAGUUCACCGAUAGGAAUUUGAACGAGGGUAGCUCUAUACAGUUCGCCCAGAACUUCGUUUCUUAAUGUUAUCAAGCAAUUUUUGUGCUUGUCGUUGUUGAAGAACAGUGCACUGUCUGUGAUGACGAUCUUUCAACUUCUUUGUUCAAUAUUCAAGAACUUAUUAUCAAAAUAUAGAUCUGGGUUGAAAUCAGAAAUUGGAAUCUUCUUUCCCAUGCUCAUCUUACGUGUGCUGGAGAAUGUGCUUCAGCCUAGUUUCUUGCAGAAGAUGACCGUUUUGGGUUUGCUGGAGGAGAUAUCUAAGGAUCCUCAGAUUAUCAUUGAUGUAUUUGUCAACUAUGAUUGUGAUGUCGAUGCUCCUAACAUAUUUGAAAGGACUGUUAAUGGUCUUCUUAAAACAGCACUUGGUCCGCCUCCUGGUUCCACUACUACGCUGUCCCCAGUCCAAGACAUUACGUUUCGUUCUGAAUCUGUGAAAUGCUUGGUCACAAUUAUAAAGUCAGUGGGGAUGUGGAUGGACCAGCAACUGAAGGUAGGGGAUUCCAAUCUAGAUAAGGUAUCUGAUCAUGAAGUGUCAGAAGCUGCUAUCAGUGUCGGUGAGGAAGGUAAUAUAGACUAUGAGUUGCAUCCGGAAGCAAAUUCUGAAUUUUCUGGUGCUGCUGCCUUGGAGCAACGCCGUGCUCAUAAAUUAGAAAUACAGAAAGGUGUUUCCUUGUUCAACAGAAAGCCUUCAAAGGGGAUUGAUUUCUUAAUGAGCACCAAAAAGAUUGGCAAUUCCCCAGAAGAUGUAGCCUCUUUUCUGAAAAAUACAACCGGGUUGAAUCCAACCAUCAUUGGUGAUUAUUUGGGUGAAAGGGAGGAGUUCCCUCUGAAAGUUAUGCAUGCAUAUGUCGAUUCUUUUAAUUUUGAAGGUAUGGACUUUGGUGAAUCAAUCAGAUAUUUCCUCCGAGGGUUCAGAUUACCUGGUGAAGCUCAGAAGAUUGACCGUAUAAUGGAGAAGUUUGCGGAGCGCUAUUGUAAAUGCAAUCCCAACUCUUUUACCAGUGCAGAUACAGCUUACGUGCUUGCUUACUCUGUGAUAAUGCUCAAUACAGAUGCACAUAAUAGCAUGGUGAAAGAUAAGAUGACAAAAGCUGAUUUUAUCCGGAACAAUCGAGGGAUUGAUGACGGAAAGGAUUUACCUGAAGAUUAUUUGGGAGCACUUUAUGACCAAAUUGUCAAAAAUGAGAUAAAGAUGAAAGCAGAUUCUUCCGUGCCGCAAAACAAGCAGGGGAACAGUCUUAAUAAGCUGCUGGGCUUGGAUGGUAUACUGAAUCUAGUAUGGAAGCAGAGAGAGGAAAAACCACUUGGUGCAAAUGGAGUUCUCGUGAGGCAUAUUCAAGAGCAGUUUAAAGCAAAAUCUGGAAAAUCUGAGUCUAUCUAUUAUGUCAUUGCAGAUCCAGCUAUAUUGAGAUUUAUGGUAGAAGUCUGCUGGGGUCCCAUGCUUGCUGCUUUCAGUGUCACGCUAGACCAGAGUGAUGAUAAGAAUUCCACUUCCCAGUGCUUGCUAGGGUUCAGGCAUGCUGUGCACAUUACAGCUGUGAUGGGUAUGCAGACACAGAGAGAUGCUUUUGUCACCUCUAUGGCAAAGUUCACUAAUCUUCACUGUGUUGCUGAUAUGAAACAAAAAAAUGUUGAUACAAUGAAAACAAUAAUGUCGAUUGCCAUUGAAGAUGGGAAUCAUCUUCAUGAAGCAUGGGAGCAUAUAUUGACGUGUCUAUCUCGAUUUGAGCAUCUGCAGUUGCUGGGAGAGGGCGCUCCUUCUGAUUCCUCCUUUUUUACUACCUUGAGCUCUGAAUCUGAGGAGAAGACAUUGAAGUCAGCUGGAUUUCCAUCACUGAAGAAAAAAGGGACGCUCCAGAAUCCAACCGUUGCUGCUGUUGUUAGAGGGGGUUCAUAUGAUAGCGCAACCGUUGGAGCUAACUCUCCAGGAUUGGUGACUCCAGAACAGAUAAAUAAUUUCAUUUCAAACUUGAACUUACUUGAUCAGAUUGGUAACUUUGAACUAAAUCACAUAUUUGCUCAUAGCCAAAGACUGAACAGUGAAGCAAUAGUAGCUUUUGUCAAGGCCCUUUGCAAAGUUUCGAUGUCAGAACUACAGUCUCCAACAGAUCCCCGUGUAUUCAGCCUUACAAAAAUUGUUGAAGUUGCGCACUAUAACAUGAACCGUAUCAGAUUAGUGUGGUCUCACAUAUGGAGUGUUCUUUCAGAGUUCUUUGUGGCUGUUGGUUUGUCAGAAAAUCUUUCAGUUGCAAUUUUUGUUAUGGACUCGUUGCGACAACUUGCUAUGAAGUUUUUAGAACGAGAGGAACUGGCAAACUACAACUUUCAGAAUGAGUUUUUGAGACCAUUUGUUAUUGUUAUGCAGAAAAGUAAUUCUGCUGAAAUCAGGGAGUUGAUAGUUCGAUGUAUUUCUCAAAUGGUUCUGAGUCGUGUCAAUAAUGUAAAAUCCGGGUGGAAGAGUGUUUUUAUGGUUUUUACAGCUGCUGCUGCAGAUGAAAGGAAGAAUAUUGUGUUGCUGGCCUUUGAAACCAUGGAAAAGAUCGUACGGGAAUAUUUUCGUUACAUCACUGAGACUGAAACAUUAACUUUUACGGAUUGUGUUAGAUGCCUGAUCACCUUCACAAACAGCAGAUUCAACAGUGAUGUUAGUCUCAACGCCAUUGCUUUUCUUCGUUUCUGCGCUGUCAAACUUGCAGAAGGGGGCCUUGUCAGCAACGAGAAAAACAAAAAUAAUGAUUCAUCUAUUCCAGUGGCCGAUAAAGAAGCUUCAGAUGGGCUAAUCUUCACAGAUAAGGAUGACUAUAUGUCUUUCUGGGAGCCUCUGCUUAUGGGGUUAUCAAGACUGACUUCAGAUCCUCGAUCAGCUAUUAGGAAGAGCGCGUUGGAAGUUCUGUUCAACAUCUUGAAGGACCACGGUCAUCUCUUCCCACGCCUUUUCUGGAUUAAUGUCUUCAAGUCUGUAAUCUACCCAAUAUUCAGUCCAGUAAAUGAUAGCACAGACGCUCAAGUGAAGUAUGACCAGUCUUCAUUCACAUCUGGAUAUAUACCACCAGAUGGAUGCUUAUGGGACUCUGAAACUUCUGUGGUGGCAGCUCAAUGUUUGGUGGAUUUAUUUGUUAAUUUCUUUGAUAUUGUGAGGUCAGAAUUUCCUAGUGUCGUCUCUAUAAUGGUUGGAUUUAUAAAAGGUUCUGGCAAGGAUCCUGCAGCCACUGGGGUAGCUUCUGUAAUGCGGUUGGCAGGUGAUUUGAGAGGCAAAUUCUUUGAAGAGGAUUGGAAGGUUAUCUUUCUAGCUCUGAAAGAAGCUUCAUCUUCCACUCUACCCAAUUUUCUGAAGCUUUUGAGAACAAUGGACAACAUUGAGAUAUCUACAAGUCAGUCUGAAAAUGAUAUGGAAACAUCUUCUGGGGCUGGAUUGGUAAAUGAUGAAUCGGAGGAUGACAACCUGCAUACUGCGGGAUAUGUUGUUUCAAGGAUGAAGGAUCAUAUAGCAGCUCAGUUGCGCAUCAUACAGGUGUCGUCUGAUCUCUACAAGAUGUGUCGGCAAUUAGUAUCAGCUGAUACUGUCAAUGUCCUCCUUGGAAUCUAUUCAGCUGUCACAUCUCAUGCGCAGCAAUUGAAAUCUGAGAAAGUUGUACAAGUGAAGCUGCAAAAAGCGUGUUCUAUCCUUGAGGUGCCAGAACCUCCGCUGGUAUUUUUUGAAAAUGAGUCCUAUCAGAAUUACCUCAAUUUCUUGCAUGGGCUGCUUGUGAACAAUUCGUCAUUUGUCGAAGAUAAGAGUAUAGAACCAGAAUUUGUGGGUGUAUGUGAAGAAAUUCUACGCAUAUACUUGGACUGUGCUGGGUUGAACUCCAUCAAGAGGAAACCAGAUGACAAGGCAAUAUACCAGUGGAAUCUUCCCUUGGGUUCAUCUAAGAAGGAAGAACUGGUAGCAAGGACUCCUUUGGUUCUGUCAGUACUACGAAUUCUCUGCAGUUGGCAAACAGAUUCUUUUAGGAAGUACAUUUCUCAGUUGUUCCCAUUAAUGAUAGAUCUUGUUCGGAGUGAACAUAGCUCAGCAGAGGUUCAGCGUGAACUAAGCCAUUUUUUCCAGUCCUGUAUCGGCCCCAUUAUUAUGAAAUAGUGACCUAUACCAUUUACUGAACUAUUCUUCGGUCAGAAUUUAAAAUCUGGUAGGCAUAAAUCUUUCUAUUUGGAGGCUUUAUUUUUCAGGUUA